AUGACAACGCUCCCUCUUCUGAAGCGGAAUAUUUCCCUGGAUGAAGCUCUCGAACAUGACGAUAAUGUCCUCCACAUGUUGGACUAUCCGCAGAAGCUGAGAGAGUUCAAGACACGGCUUAUUUCUCAUAAAGCGGACAUCGAAGCGACCGUGGCCUUUCAUCUCCAAGCAAACUGUUGCCAGCUUGCUGAUGAAGAUCAUUGGAUGAUGGGGAACUAUAAUAUAUGCAUUCCAGUCUGCGUCAAUCCCCCGUCUGAGAACAACGUCCUUAUUCGUAUCCCCCUGCCUUUCAAAGUGGGGGAAGAAAAGAAUCCGGGGAAUGUAGAUGAAAAGCUGCGGUGCGAGGUAGCCACUUAUAUCUGGAUCCACCAGAAUUGCCCAACGGUUCCGAUCCCUUGCCUUUAUGGGUUCGGUUUCCCCGACGGACAAACUUUUGUCAGACCCUCCAGUGCCUCCCUUUCCUCUCGACUCCGUUGGCGCAUAGCACGGACGCUACGGUCGUGGCUUGGCUAUCCGACGUCGUGUCCUUAUAUCAGUCUGAAGCGUCCGACCCCAUUGGGAACCGGAUACAUGAUCAUCAGCCUUAUAGAUAAAGGUCGGCAGCUUUCUGAAUAUUCUUUGGAAGUUCUACUGGGGGAUAAAACCCGAAGACAAACUCUCUUCAGCGACCUUGCAAGGAUCAUUCUGACGUUGAAUCGUACCGAGUUUCCCCGAAUCGGGUCCCUGACCUUGAACAACGCUGGCGUUGUUAGAUUGACGAACCGGCCGCUUACGCUACGUCUACACACCCUUGAAAACGAGGGGAUUCCUACUAUUCCCAGAGACUCAGUCUAUCAAGCUGUGGAAUCAUAUCUUCUGGAUCUCCUACAAUGUCAUGACAAUCGCAUCUACCACCAGCCAAAUGCCAUCCAUGACACAGAAGAUGGCCAAGAACAACUGGCCGCUUUGACGAUGAUGCGUGCUCUUCUCCCUCAGUUCAUCUCUCGUGAAUACCGCCACGGUCCGUUCAGACUCACGCUGACAGACCUUCAACCGGGCAAUAUUUUUGUCAACGAAGAAUGGCAUAUCACUGGUAUUAUUGAUCUAGAAUUCGCAGCUGUUCUCCCAGUCGAACUGCAAACUCCCGUUCAUUGGCUGACUGGCCGGACCAUUGAUGAUAUUGAACCCGGAGAGCACCUGGACGCUUUCGAAAUUCGUAUCAAUGAAUACAUAGCUGCGUUCGAGGAACUAGAAAGAAAGGAUCAAUGCUCAGAUUUCUCUCACGCUCAAAUCAUGAGAAGCUGCUGGAAUAGGCGAAGUUUCUGGUAUAUCCAAGCAGUGCACAGUCCGAAAGGGCUUCUGCAAGUUUUUAGGGAGCAUAUCCAACGCUAUUAUUGCGAAGAGCACUGCAGGAAACGUGUGUUUGACGAGACCGUGAGUCCAUACUGGUGUGAAGGAGUUGAGAGUUUGAUACAGCGAAAAGUGGAGGAAGAGGCGAGAUAUAAGAAUCAACUAAAAGAGCGCUUUGGUCAGGGACGCCAGAUCGCGCCCUGGUGA